AUGGCAGCCACCCAGAAGCUAUAUCCUCGCGCCACGGUCAAGCGAAUAGUCAAAGCUCAGGCGAAUCGCAACUUGAGCAAAAAUGCCGACAUCCUGAUAUUUCUCGACUAUAUGCUCUUUAUGCAAGAAUUGAUGCGAGAAGCCUCAAUUCGAUCGCGCAAGGCGGGCGAAAAACACAUUAGCCCGAAUUCCGUACGCAAGGUCACUGAGAAAACGCUACGGAAGUUCAAAGGUUGA